GAAGAAACCGGCUCUGGAUGCAUGACGAAGGCUGUAUCGCAACGCUAGGACCACUGAUCUGACGAUCCAAGCACAAAAUGGUACGAACUCACACAAUCACAUGAAGUACCGGGACUCAUCAACUCAUGCCCCUCCCCUCGUCCGGUGUCUGAUGUGCUGUGAUGCGUGUGUGUGCAGGAUGAAGCACUCCGUCAGGAGCGUGCUGCCCAGUACCGACAAGCGCAUGGGCAGCCGGCCGGGCCUGACCAGGUGUUCCUCCUCCCUGGCAAUGCCCGCAACUGGAUGCCCAACUGGGGCGGCGUUGGCGGGGUGCUGGGCACAUCCCGCAACAGGAAGUGGCUCAUCGGUGGCGGCUGCUGCUUCCUCGUGGUGGUCUUGAUCUUGAUUCUGCUCUCGCUGGGCGCCGUCCGACCGACCGAGUACGGCCUGGUCUACAAUGCGAUAACCAAGAACGUCGACACGAGGCACGUCUAUCACGGCGGGCGGCACUUCAUCUGGCUGUUCCACUCGUUCAUCCCCUUCCCGGCAAUUUUGAGAACGAUAGAGUUCUCUGACUAUCAUCACAUUCCCGGUGCGGCGCAUUUCGAUCCGCUCAAGACGAGGACGCCCGAGGGGCUGCAGAUCGUCCUGUCUGUCGCCCUGCAAUACCGCCUGAUCAAGUGAGUCGGCAGGCACACAGCGGAGAAACGCUGCGUGUGGUGAGGUGUCGGUCUCCGUAUGUGAGGGUCUGUGUGUGUGCGUGUUAUAUAGGGAUGAGGUGGGGACUCUGUACACGAGGGCGAAUGUGCAGUAUGAGAGCCUCUUCAUGCAAAAUGCCAGAGAUAUCCUGCUCAAGGUGUGUUGGGUGCACGCACAGAGGGAGGGAGGGAGGGAGGGAAGGACACACAAACAUGGACACACACAGAGCCACAUGGGGGUGGGUGUUUUCAGACUGUGUCUCGUUACAACGCCACGAGCUGGUGGCUGGAGCGAGCCAGGAUCGGCCGGGACAUGCUGGAGCGAGCCAAUGCCACGCUCACAUCCCUCCACGCACACGUGAGCACACAACUAUUGCCACCAACACGCAGCGAAUGGUGUGAGGAUGUAUAUAUGUGUAUGUGUAUUGUGCCGGCUGUGUGGUUUGGCUGAGUCAGGUGGAGAUGCUCCAGAUCCUGCGCAUCGACUUGCCGGCCGAUUGGGAGAAGAAGAUUGUCGAGACGCAGGUCGCCCAGCAGCAGAUACAGACCGAACAAAACAAACAGCAGGUACUUAUCUGCCCACACACGCACAACGAUCUUUCCCUCCUCCAUGGAUGCCCCCCUCUGUCUCUGUGUGUGCAGGCGGCGCGCAUCCGUGCGCAGACCAAGGUGAUUGGUUCCGAGUUCGCCAGAAACGUCACCGUCAUCAACGCGGGGGCAGUCGCCAACGCCACAUACCUCAAACAAAAGGCAAAGGUCAGCCUGGCCGGGCUUGCUGAUGUGAUGUGUGUGGGUCAAUCCAAUCCACACAUGGAGCCAUGGUCGUGUGUGUGUGUGUCUGUGUGUGUGCAGGCCGAGGCGGUACAGCGUCAGCUUGACACGGAGGCCUACACUCUGGCUAUGGCUGCACAGCUGCUGGGGGCAACGCCAGAAGAGAUCGUCAGGUCAGCCACACACGCACACAACACGACACACACACACACACAGAGACCACGGUAGCUAUGCAGUGCACGUACCGGCCGUCUGUUUGGUCUGCUGCUUUCAUGCAGGUAUCAGCAGAUGGCGACGUACGCCUCGCUGGCCAACGCGACUUUCCUCUACGGCAUGGACAAGUCCUUGACGCCACUGAUCAACAUCCCCUCGGCCCCGCCCAUCGGCAACCCACCUCCCCCGCCCCUCCCCAACGGCCCCAUACAGCCCAACGACUCCCGCUCUCUCCUGCAGACCUGUGAGGACGAGUCAUGCUGGAACAGACCGCUGCUGCUUUGAUUUGAUGAAGGGAUGUGUGGUUCGUUCAUGUGUGUACCCUGGUCGUGUGGCAGCGUGAUGGCUGGACGUGUGGCGUGGCGGUUGUCUGUCUGGCCAGAUCAGAUCUUUUUAAGCUUUUUCGUCUUGCCUGCCUUGUAUCGUCAGUCAGCGAGAAAGGACUUGUGCGUCCAUCACACAGACAGAAAGGGGAGGAGGCAGGCAGUGAGUGUAUCAUCUCGUGCUGUGGUGUGGUGUGGUGUGCGGCUGUCUGUGUGAGUGAGGGGAGGCCGUGGGUGCGGUGCGUGCGAUUGACGGCCGAUUGUGACAUAGUUGAGGACCAUCGGUGACUGACGCCAUGUAAUGUUAUGACCAAGUCAGUCCAUCCAAGCAUCAGCUGAG